AGAAGCAUCGAUGUGAGAGACACAUUGAUUGGUUGCCCCUUGCACAUGCCCCAACUGGGGCCAGGAUGGAACCUGCAACCCAGGAAUGUGCCCUUGACAGGUAAUUGAACUCAUGACCCUUCGUUUUGUGGGCUGACUCUAACCACGGAGCCACACCAGCCAGGGCGAGGGCCCACAUUUUAAGUCCUUGGGAGUCCCAACGUCCUUUUGGAUCCUGCUGGUUGGUGUCAUGCUCUGUUGGCAACGAUGUCCAAAAUCUGGAUUGAAGACCUUCUGUGAUGGUGGCCUUGGUUCCUCCUGGAUUAUGUCAGGUCAGGAGCAUUUCUCUAUUUGGUACCGCAGCCUCCUGGCUCACCAGCUUGUCCACGAGCAAGCCCACCAAGUGAUGUUUGAGAACUGAAAACCAACCACCUAAAGACCCAUACAGCAAAAACACCAUGACUGGCCCCUUAAUAACUACAGGAACUGCUUUGUCCAACUUAAGUGCUGGGUCCUGACUCAGCUAGCACUGGUCUCAGGACCUCCCAUUGGACAUGGGUUGGGCCACCACCAGUGCUUUUAAACUCAAAUCCCUCAGCAGCUUUGGCUGCUGCCCUGUGAAAGGGAUAGGGGACAGUACAGUCCAGAGAGGAGGGGCUCUGUCUCAGGUCACACAGGAAUUGGGCCUUCAGCCUCCCUCCAUCCAGGACAUGGUGGUCCUUGCAGGCCUGUGGCCUGCCCCUCAUUGUGGUCAGAAAGACUCCACCUCCCACCCUGGUCUGGGCCUGGCUCUGUCCCAGGCCUGAGCAUUGCAGGGCAGGGAGUGAGCAGCACAGUGGGUGGAGGGGCUGCCAAUGAACCAGCACUGCUGUUCCUCCUGGUCCUGCCAUUCGGCACAGUCAGGGUUACAGCUGGGGCCCCUCCCAGUCUCCAGAGCCACUGUCCCUUAGCAACAAUCCUACCGGGCAGAACGCACUGCCAACACAGGACAAAUCAGGCAGGAGCCAGUGGAGUGGCCAUCGAGGACUUCAGGACAUACAAGGCCAGGUGAGUGAGUAGGGGGUACCCAGCUUGUAGCCUGGCCAGCCAAGCAGGAAACCCACUUGACCUCUAUCUCAUCCAGCUGCCCAGAGAGCCUGAACCUAACAUGGAUACGGUGGACGCCACUGUGAAGAGGCUCCGGGAACAGUGCCUGUCCCGAGGGGCCUCUGGCAUCCAGGGCCUUGCCAGGUUUUUCCGCCGCCUGGACCGGGACAGGAGCCGAUCCCUGGAUGCGAGGGAGCUUCAGCAGGGCUUGGCGGAGCUGGGGCUGGCGCUGGACAUGGCUGAGGCAGAGGGUGUGUGCAGGCGAUGGGACCGUGACGGCAGCGGGACGCUGGACCUGGAGGAGUUCCUGAGGGCACUCCGUCCCCCCAUGUCCCAGGCCCGGGAGGCGGUCAUUGCAGCUGCAUUCUCCAAGCUGGACCGCAGUGGAGAUGGUGUGGUGACCAUGGAUGACCUUCGGGGGGUGUAUAGCUGCCACGCUCACCCCAAGGUGCAAAGCGGGGAGUGGACUGAGGAGGAGGUGCUCCGCCGCUUCCUGGACAACUUUGAUUCCUCUGAGAAGGACGGGCAGGUAGGUGACGCCUAUGGGGUCUCCCCAGCUCCUCCUGCCCUAGAUUUCCAUCCCUACUUAGAGCCCGUCUGCCCCCAGGUCACCCUGGCUGAGUUCCAGGACUACUACAGUGGUGUGAGCGCCUCCAUGGACACGGAUGAGGAGUUUGUGGCCAUGAUGACCAGCGCCUGGCGACUGUGAGCAGCAUGCACUCAGCUGGCCCCACUGUAGCAUAGGACUCCACCAGGGCACCCUGUGAGCUUCCAGCUGGGCAGCCCCAGGGGUGGGGGCUAUAGGGGAGCGGGAGGAUUAAGGCUGCAGAACUGGUUGGACCAGGUCUGAGGCCCUUGAUUGGCCAACAGGACAAAGUGGGACAAAGCCUCCCUCCUUCUCCCCCAUGAGGCCACUGCAGAUGCCCACCCACCCCUCACCCCAUUCUGCUCAGUUAAUCCUUGACUCUUAGAAUUCCCACCCUGCCCCUCCCUCAUGGUUCCUGGGAAGCCAGGAGGCCCUGGAUGUGAUAAGGGUGUGGGGAGAGCAGCAAAUGGCUCUUCUGUGAAGCCAGGCUCUGCACUGAGAUCCAGUGACCCUUUUCAGAGUGUGGGGCAGGGGCCCAGGGCAGCAGGCAGGCCAGGCUGCUGGAGGAGCCUUACCUUGGGAGGCAGAAGUCAUUCCUGGCCAGGGCCUCGGGCUUCCUGAGGCCCCUGGGGCUCACAGGAGGCCAGGGCUUUAGUUAAAAGUUUUAAUGUAGUCCCCAAAUACAUUUCAUAUGACAAUCUUACAUAAAUGUUCCAAAACACAUGGGCAUUAUCUGGUUUUACUUGUCACUAGUUGGCUAAGGCUUAAAGCAGAGAAAUGUAGCCAGAUCUGCUGGGGGUCGGAAGAGGGGUGGUGAGGGAAGGGCUGUGGUGUCUUCCCAUGGCUUAGGCUCAAGCUGCAAAGUCAACCCAAGGUGUGGGUGGCACAGCUAUGGAGACCAAGCCUUCUCCCUCCCACUGAGUGGGCUGGGUAAUUUCUUCUAAAAUCCCCUGGGGCCCUGUGAGUAGGGACCUUUUUUGCAAGGGGGGGCAGUGCCCAGCUGGGAUCUUGGACUUCUCUGGGGUGGGCAAAGCACCCGCUCCCAUGUGUGCUGCGAGUGUUGGGACAGCAGACUGUAGUCUGGAACCAGUCCCCUGCCACUCCUCAGAGGCCCUGCGAGGGACCCCCCCAUCUGCCUGUUAUUGAGGGCCCUGGCCCUGCAUGGUCUUGGGGGCGGUGACAUCCAGGGCUGGGCAAGGAAUGGCCAACAGCAGAAAGCAAGUGUGUGCCUGUGUGUCUGAUGAUAGGUGACACACAUGAUGGGGACAAGCAAGAGGGGAGGGGCGCUAUGCACACCCCCUUCUUUGUCAGCUACUGUGGGAAACAGUGGCCUCACUGUCAAGUCCCCACUCUGGAAGGCACCUCAUCCAAUAGGGCCAGGCCUCCACACCAAGACAUCACCCUCUAGGCAACGGGAAUGGAUGAGAGGGGACCUCAGAAACCAGCCCCCUUGUACCCUCCUAGAUCCAGUGACCCUUUCCUAGAUAAGCUCUCUCUAGUUGUGAGGCCUAGCCAUCAACACUCCUUCAUAGCUUGGAGGAGCCCCAGGUGGGGAACAAGUGGGCGCCUUCAAGCACCUCAAGCUCCCAGUAAGGCCCCUACACACAAGCCAUGGCCAUAGGGAGAACGAGGACGUUGGAACUGUGCCUGCUCAACACACAGGAGCAUCUUAAUCUAAGAAACCAAAAA